AAGUGGCGGUAAAUAAUAUCAGACGGACCGCUUCCUGUUUUGACUCGGUCGCUCGGUGAAGUCGCUGUGUUGUGAUGUGAUGUGAUGUGAGUGUCCGGUAAUAACGGGGAUCCUGCAUCUGUCAUGAUGUCGGCGAGCACGGGCUGCAGUACUGUGCUGAUGUCGGUGCGAGUCUCCGUGCGGCCGCUGCCGGUGGGCUCCGAUUCUCUGCGGCUGCAGCUCAGCAUGAACCCGAACCGCGCGGGACUCUUCACCCUCACACUGAGACACACCGACCGCGGGGGACGCAGCGUGUCUCUGGCAGAGUUCGACCUGCGCUCAGUGCAGUAUGAGCUGAAGUCUCCGCGCUGUCAUGAGCUGCGCCUCCUCAAGCCGCCGCACGACUGUCUGAGCUUCAGCUUCCGCAGCGAGCAGGAGGCGCAGGAGUGGGCGACCGUCGUCAUGUCCUCACUGCGGGAGUCACACAGAGUUGCCAACAUUUGUCAAGAAGGCCUGAAGAACGUGAAGUGUGAAGAGAAAAAGGCAGUCUUGUCUCUGUCAAUGAAAGAGGAGCUGUGUGUGGAACUUUCCAGAGCGAUAGAGGCUGGAGACGCUCAGGCCGCUGCGCGUUAUGCCACAGAUCUGGCCCAGCAGCAGAUGACGCUCAGCAUUCAACCAGCGCCGCGCCACACCGACGACAAAGACAUCAGCUUAGCUGUGAUAGUAGAAGAUGCGUCGUCUUCCUGCUGUGUGACGGUGAAAAUCCACCCGCACGUGACCGUCGCCUCGCUAAAGCAGCAGAUGUUUGUGGAGUACGGUUUUCACCCGCGGGUGCAGCGCUGGAUCAUCUCUCAGUGUCUGUGCUCUGACAGCCGCUCUGUGUCGUCGUACGGCGUCUGCAGGGAUGGAGACACUGCGUUCCUCUACCUGUUAUCCGCAGGUCACGCCAGCCUCAGCCAGCAGCAGGAGAACGGGCUCUCUGUGCCCACAGCGGCUCCAGCAAACGCUCCACUUUCAGCCCCGGCGGGCAGCAGCAGCAGCAGCGGGCAUGACUGGAGGGCGUACAGCACUCUACCACCACGCUUCAGCCACGCCAGCACAGGCAGUGGCAGCUCAGAAAAGCCCAGCGUCACCGACAUCAUUAACCUGGAGAUGCUGCAACUCGGAGGCUCCAAACUCAAGUCCAGUAACACACAGUCAGGCUGGCCCUGCCCGUCCUGUACAUUCAUAAAUAAAUCUACAAGACCCGGCUGUGAAAUCUGCAGCACCGACCGACCCAAUCCUCCACAUCACACUCAUCUUCAACAGGAGAAAUCACGGAGAUCUAACCAGUGAAAGUGUGGCGUAACCCCACAGAUUACACAGAGACUGUUGGUCCUCAUUCUGCUGGUGUGGAGAUGAAGAAUCAGACUCUCCUUUUAAACCACAGGUGUCAAACUCAGUUCCUGGAGGGCCGCAGCUCCGCACAGUUCAGCUUUAACCCUAAUGAAACACACCUGAUCAGACUAAUCGAGUCGUUCAAGCUUGUUUGAAACCUUCGGGUAAGUGUGUUGAAGCAGGGCUGGAACUAAACUGCGCAGGGCUGUGAGUUUGACACUCCUGUUUUAAACGCUGGUGCUCGUAGUUUUAAUAGGAGUUGAAAGUGGCGAGUUCUCCGAUUGAUUGGUUUCUCUUCAAGUGCCCCGUUAUUAGAGCUGUGGCAGAAAAUGAAUUGAAAUAACGCGCAUGGACUCAGAUUAUGUUGCGAUGCAGAGGUUUGUGUUUACCAGCAGAUGGCGCUGUAUGACUUGCAAACACUCGAACUCUACUGCAUACAACUGCUUACACACACACACACCACUCCAACCUUAAAUAAUCAUUAUUUAAGUUGUUAUUAUAUACCCAAAAAUAUAUAAGUAAGGAUCCACGAAGCGUAGUUUGCUGAUUUAUUGCCACAGCUCUACCCAUAAUGCUUCUUUUGGAUAUUUGCCUUUCAUCUAUGUAGUUGGUCAAUGUAAAAUUCAGCUCAAGUGGAAAAUUAAACAUAAAACAAAAGACAUAAGCAUAACAUAUGAAGCACACGCAAAACACAUGAUAAAAGCAGCAGACCAAUCAGAGUAGAGCCAGCAUCUGACCAAUAAAAGAAGAGCAGAGCAUAAUAAGGUAGUCUGGCCAAUCAGAGCAGAGUGGAUUCAUCAUAUGACCAAUCAGAGCAGAGUAUGGUCAUCUGACCAAUCAGAGCAGAGUAGGGUAAUUUGACCAAUCAUAACAUGGUAGGGCCAUCAUCUGACCAAUCAGAACAGAGUCAUAAUCUGACUAAUUAGAGGAAAAUAAGGCCAUCUGACCAAUCAGAAUGGAGCAGAGUCAUCAUCUUAACAAUCAGAGCAAAGUAGGGUAAUUUGACCAAUCAUAACACCGUAGGGCCAUCGUCUGACAAAUCAGAGCAGAGUAAAGCCAUCAUCUGAACAAACAGAGUAAAGAAGGGUAAUUUGACCAAUCAUAACAUAGUAGAGCCAUCAUCUGACCAAUAACAACCAAGUAGAGUCAUAAUCUGACCAAUCAGAGCAGGAUUAGGUCAUCUGACCAAUAAAAACAUAAUAGAGUCAUAACAGAGUAGAGCCAUCAUCUGUCCAAUCAUAACACAGUACGGCCAUUGUUUGACCAAUCAGUGUUGGGGCAUCUGACCAAUUAGAACCCAAGUAGAGCCAUAAUCUGACUAUCAGAGCAUAACAAGAUCAUCUGACCAAUCAGAACAGAGCAGAGCCAUCAUUGGGCCAGUCAGAACAGACUAGGGUAAUUUGACCAAUUGUAACAUAGUUGGGCCAUCAUCUGACCAAUCAAAGCAGAGUAGGGCCAUCAUCUGACCAAUCAGAGCAGAGCCGACUGUGGGGAAGGCUGGAUUUUAAGAGACUGGAUCAUUAAUCCUGCAGUUUCAGAGGCUGUGAAAGUCGAGCUGAUGCUGUGCUGGAUAUUAUGACUGAAGGAAAGUCUCAUUUGACCUUGUAUAGAUGUAAAUGUAAACUAAAACAAGAAUAUUUAAAAUACCAUAUAAUGGGCACUUUAAUGGAAGAAUGUAACUGUUGAACAGUAGUGGGCAGGGUCCAGAAACUGUUGUCUAUUGAGGGCGCGAGGCUCGUCGCACACUAAUUCUGGACUGAAACAGAAGCGACUGCUGUGCUUGUAGAUAUGUGAUAUUAUUCUGAAGAGAUCAUUCAUUUCUGCCUGCUUUUAACUUCUGCUCCUGCAACCGUCUUCAAUCUUCUUCAUUCACUACACAGUGUGCGAGUCGCUGUCGGCGUCUGUUCCUCGUGUCUCCUGCGACACACAAACAUGAGUUAAUGUUCAGCGAGCUCUAUUUUAGGGGCUAAUGUUUUAAAUGUGACUGUGUGUAAUUAUGUGCCCAGGUCAGUACAUUGAGGACUAAUACAAGCCUUUAUUGCUUAUUUACUGAGCUGAGAAUUCUCAUUAUCAAAAUAAACUACAUGCAGACACGGGUUAUUAAGUGCUUUUAUUUUAUUUUUUAAUAUAACAUAUUAUUUAAUGAAAAAUGUAUUGUAAUUGCACUGAGUAUGUGUGUGAGUGUUUGUAAAUGAUUGUGUUCCUGUUGAAUCUGCCUGUAUUUCACCAUUGCUUGGCUGUGAUUAAACAACGGACUGAGAAAAUA